GGCCUGCGCUCGCGGCGCCCGUGGGUUGGGCGGUGGGGAUGGAGUGCGCGCCCGCACUUCCGCCCUCCGCAGACUGCUGAGCCGAGGCAUGGCGGUGGGUUGGCGGCGGGCGCGAAGCCGAGCGGGAAAUGUCCAUUUGGGGCCAGAGUCUGGGUAUAUAUGAAUGUAAAUCUUCACCCAGUGUCAGAUAAGCCCAGGGAUCUGACUACAAGGACAACUUCUCUGUAGGCUAUUACCGCAGGCACAGAAUGAGCACCUGUUGCUGGUGUACACCGGGUGGUGCUUCCACCGUAGGCUUCCUGACACGCUAUGCAUCCAGGACCCGCUCCAGUGAAUUUCAAACAGCCGAUGAAGACCUCUGCUACUGCUUGGAGUGUGUGGCUGAAUACCACAAAGCAAGGGAGGAGUUGCCCUCCUUACAUGAGACUUUAUGGGAACUAGAAACCGUACGUCUCAUAAAUCACUUUGAAAAAUCCAUGAAGGCCGAAAUUGAAGAUGAUGACGAGUUAUAUAUAGUGGACAACAAUGGAGAGGCACAGCUGUUUGACUUCACUGGCCAAGACUUUGAAAAUAAGCUUCGAGUUCCACUUCUGGAAAUACUGAAAUAUCCUUAUCUGCUUUUGCAUGAGCGUGUUAAUGAAUUAUGUGUUGAAGCACUUUGCCGGAUGGAACAAGCUAAUUGCUCCUUUCAGGUUUUUGACAAACAUCCAGGGAUCUAUUUAUUCCUGGUCCACCCCAAUGAAAUGGUGCGGCGUUGGGCUAUCCUGACGGCAAGAAACCUGGGGAAAGUGGACAGAGAUGAUUAUUAUGACUUGCAGGAGGUUUUGACUUGCCUGUUUAAAGUCAUCGAGUUGGGGCUUUUAGAACGUCCUGAGAUUUAUACCACUUCUGUCCUUGAGAAGGGCAAACUGAUUCUUCUGCCCUCGCACAUGUAUGAUACUACCAACUACAAAAGCUAUUGGUUAGGUGAGUAUUGUUCCUGUGCAAAUGUAAUUAGUAUUUUGUAAUAGUUCUUAGGAUUUUCCUGCAAAAGAAGUGAUUUCGUUUGGUAAUCUGAUCAGAAUUGCUAAAUAAAGGAUUGCAUAGUUCCCAGUUCUUGUUCUGUCAUUAAAUUGACAACUGUUACAUCUUGUUAUUAAGCUUUCUUUGUCCUAGAAAUCAGUUGUAUAAGAGGUAUAUUUUCAUGUGUGGUAAAUAAAUCUUCUGUGUAAGGCAGUGUUAACUAUAACAAAAUAUUAGCAUAGUAGCUGACCUUAAUAGGCUUUGAUCUACUUUAUUUUUUUUUUAAACUGUUUUUGCUUUUUAGGGCCACUCCUGCGGCUUAUGGAGGUUCCCAGGCUAAGGGUCAAAUCUGAGCUGCAGCUGCCGACCUACACCACAGCCACAGCAAUGCCAGAUCUAAGCCAUGUCUGCAACCUACACCACAGUUCAUGGCAAUGCUAGAUCCUUAACCCACUGAGCAAGGUCAGGUAUCGAACCUGCAUCCUCACGGAUCUAGUUAGGUUCGUGACCUGCUGAGCCAUGACAGGAAACUCUGUCUUUGAUCUACUUUAAAAAGAGGUUUAAGGAGUUCCCUGGUGGCUCAGUGGGUUAAGGAUCCAGCGUUGCCACUGCUGUGGCAUGGGUUCAAUCCCUGGCCCAGCAAUUCCCACGUGCUGUGAGGGUGACCAAAAAAAAUGGUUUAACACCUCUUUUCCCACCUGUAAAAUAUUUCCUGGCAGAAAGGAUUUCAACAGGUUCUGUACUGACUUAAAAUAGUUCUGUCCUACUUCAUUGAUUCUAGGUCUUAUAGUCAUGUGUUAUAUUUGGCAGUGAUUUGUACCUGAAAUAUGGUGAUCUUGAAAUUUAAGGGUCUUAGGUUCUGUGAGAUACAGUGUGUGGUAGUCAUCUUGAAGGUUGUUUUCUAACCCAGUUCAUGCCACCUUCCGUGUUUCUUCAGCCUGAAGCUCUCUCCUGUGGAGCAGGUGUGUAUGACUAUCUCAGACCCACUGGGUGAGGAACUGGAUACUAUGGUGCUUUGUCUUAUUACUGCCUUUUAAGUUAUUCUUUUGCCAACCAAACUGGAAAAGGCUUUCAAACAGUGUUAUUUAAUCAAUGCAAGAAAAUUGUACAUGAUCUUACAGGGAUUUGCAUGUUGCUGACCAUUCUUGAGGAGCAAGCCAUGGAUUCACUGUUGUUGGGCCCAGACAAACAAAAUGACUUUAUGCAAUCAAUACUUCACACCAUGGAGAGACAAUCAGAUGAUGAUAGUGUGGAUCCUUUCUGGCCAGCAUUACACUGUUUCAUGGUGAUUCUGGAUCGUCUUGGAUCUAAGGUCUGGGGUCAACUUAUUGAUCCUAUUGAGGCAUUUCAAACCAUUAUCAACAAUGGGAGCUACAACAGAGAGAUCCAAAACAUACGGAACAGCUCUGUGAGGAUGAAGUUAGAACCGGAGUCUUACUUGGAUGAUAUGGUGACUUGCAGCCAGAUUGUGUACAAUUUUAAUCCUGAAAAGACCAAAAAGGAUUCAGGGUGGAGAUCAGCCAUUUGCCCAGACUAUUGUCCUAACAUGUAUGAGGAAAUGGAAACAUUAGCUAACGUGCUGCAGUCGGAUAUUGGUCAAGACAUGCGAGUUCACAACAGCACCUUCCUGUGGUUCAUUCCUUUCGUUCAGUCCCUCAUGGAUCUUAAGGACCUGGGUGUGGCCUACAUCGUGGAGGUUAUUCACCACCUGCACUCGGAAGUCAAAGACGUCCUCAACCAGACGGACGGGGUGUGUGACAAGGUCACCGAGUUCUUCCUUCUCAUUUUGGUGUCGGUGAUUGAACUGCAUCGAAAUAAAAAAUGUUUGCAUUUGCUGUGGGUUAGUUCGCAGCAGUGGGUGGAAGCCGUUGUAAAGUGCGCCAAGCUUCCCACCACCGCGUUUGCACGGAGUUCUGAGAAGUCGUCUGGGAACUGCUCCAAAGGAACAGCAAUGAUAUCAUCUCUGUCAUUGCACUCAGUGCCAUCUAACUCUGUGCAGCUUGCUUGUGUGCAGCUGAUUAGAAGUCUCCUAAAAGAAGGUUAUCAGCUGGGGCAGCAGACUCUUUGUAAGCAAUUCUGGGAUAAGCUCAACUUAUUCCUACGAGGAAAUUUAUCUUUAGGUUGGCAGUUGACUAGUCAGGAAACCCAUGAGUUACAAACUUGUUUAAAGCAAAUUAUUAGAAACAUAAAAGUCAAAGUACCUCAAUGCAGCACUUUUGUGGAUGUGACUCCUGCAUGUAAAACUCCUCCUGCAUCUUGUAAUAAAGAAGAGCAUGAACACAAAGGGAAGAAGUCUGUGAAAGACAGGCACUGUCUGGAAAGUUCCAGCCCAGCAUUUUCUAAAGACCCAAUGAAAGCUGAUGCAUGUCAAGGCCAAGAGGGUAUUUUGAGCAAAGCAAGUAACGCUGUAGAAGAGGGUAAUGAGCAAAACUGUAUGAAAGGUUUGAAACCAGAAGAUCGUCUUUCACCUGAGUCGUGCUUAAAGCAGAGUAGUAAAAACUAUUUUCCUGAAAGAACGCAAGAGCAAGUUAAAAAGAGUACAAGGAAGCAUAAGUCUGUAAAAGAGAAUUCCUCGCAUACACCACAGAAUUGUACUUCGAGAAGUGGUCCGGAAAGUGUGUUUGACAGAGGACCAGCACCAUCAACACGCUUGUCGACUGAUUCUCUGGAAAAGGUGUCCACAUCAAAUGAGGGUUUCUCUCUAAGGGAUGAUGCUCUUGGCAGAAGCUCCAAAGGAAAAAGUAAGGCACAGAAAAAUGAGGUGUGCGCCAAGUUGUCACAUGUAAUGAAAAAGCAACACAAGAAUAGUGGCCCUGUCAGUACUGCUGUCACUGUAGACGACAGCCUGAGCGUGCCUAGCCUUGAGCGCGUCCAUUCAAAGAAAGAUGCGGGAGGGCAGAAAGGAGAUGGCUUCAUACACAGUCUCUCUAAUGGUAUUCUGGAUGAUAAACACGGAGAACAGAAGUCUCAAGACAACAGUUCAUUGCCAAAAAAGAAACAAAUAAAGAAAGAAGAAGAGUUAGAUCUUUUCUCUACCCCUGAAAACAAUUGUCAAAUACAGGAAUAUCACGUUGGUAAAGAUUUGGUCUCAUUUGCAGAAACGACCGAUACUUUCAUGAACAAAACACCUCCCUUUAAGGAUCCCGUGACGCUACUUGAAUUGACAGAUAAGGAAAUUAGCAAGAGUACCAGUCAGUUUUGUUCUGUUUUAAGAGAGCAGACCCCUGGCAUCAGUCCUAAGUCUGACACCUUAACAGAUUCUCAGGUAGACAGAGACCUCCACAAAUACUCUUUGCUAGCUCAAGCCAGUGCUACUAAGUUUCCAUCAGAUUCAACUCAAAAAAGUUCAUCCCAGCUACAAAGAAAAGUAAAAGAUGAGAAAAGAUGUCUCAGAGCUAACCAAAAUAAUGGGGAAUCCAGCCAUGGACAGAUUAUUAUUAUUUCAGAUUCUGAUGAUGAUGGUGAUGAUGAAAGAAUUCUAGGUUUUGAGAAACACAUAAAACAGGAUAAAACAUGCACUGAGAAAGACCGCCCAGAGCAGCGCACUCCAGGAGCAAAUACAAAUGUGGAACAGAAGGUAAUAAAGGAAGAAAAUACAGGAUCCCCUUUGCAGUUUGAGGAAUCUGAUUCUCAGUUUUUCGAGUUUGAAAGUCCAUACGAAGUGUUUUCAGUUUGGCAAGAUGGGAAACCAGACAAGAAUUCAGUUCAACAGGACGAAAAAAAUUCAUGCUUGACUUACACAGGUGAUAUCACAAAUGAUUGGGGUUAUGAUACAGAUUAUAUAUAUGAACAGGUCAGUAGAGAGGUAGAGGGCGUUGAACAGGCAGAACCACAGAGCAGCAGUGUUUCUGUUAAGGAAUUUUAUGAAAUUGAUGUAAAAAAACCCAAGCGAAAACGAUAUGAAAAUCCUGUGGCUGAAGAUCCUGUAAGGCCUUCCUCUUCUAUCAGAAAGGAGGGCCAGUCUGAUACGGAGAGAGAUCUGCCUGAAAAUGGUCUUAAAAGUACAGACAAAAGGACUAGAGCGGAUGCAAGUGUUACGAGAGCCACUGAGGUUUCUCUAAAGAAGUCUUCUAAGCCUCGCACUCACUCCAAACCUAUCAGGAGAGUCCCACUUUCUGAAACUCCAAAGAAAACACAUGCAGAGACUAAAAAAGGGCAGAGUAAAAGUUCAAAUUACCUAAGUUGUAGAACCACUCCUGCUGUAGUGCCAGCAAAGAAAUUUCGCAAGUGUCCUGAACCCACUUCAAUAGCGGAGAAGCUUGGUCUGAAAAAGCGUCCUCGUAAGGCAUUCGAGUUGUCACAGCCAUCUUUAGAUAGUUUGGCGCAAUUACGGGACCAUGGCAAAACUGUCGGAGCGGUUGAUACCCAGAGAAAGACCAAGUUAAUUGCUGCUCAGUCUCUGUCUGUCAAAAACAAUAAGAAACUGCUGACAAAUCAAGACCUUCAGUUUCGAAGGCAGGUGAGACCCAAAGCACAACAGAACAGACAAGGACCCUUUGAUCCUGAAAAUGCAGAUGCUGCCAGAGCAGGGCCACAGGCAGCCCAGAAUUCUGGCAUAUUUGUACCAGCAUCAGAUAGGUCAGAUUAUAGUUCCAAAGGAGGAGCCGAGGUCACUGCUAACAGGAGUGGAAAACAGUUAAUAAAAUGUGCAUCUUCUGAACCAGAACCUAUAAAAGCAAAACGUGCUUCGCCGGCACCUGAUGACACUUGUCCUUUGAACCAGGAAAAUCCUAUAGUGUUGAAUGGAAGAAAACCAACAAAUGAAAUAGUUGCCUCUACUUCAGAGGACCCUUUAGGUGGAGGUGACCUAAUAGCAACUUUGAAAUCAGAGGGAGAGCCUGAAUGCAACAGUGACAUAGAGGAAGAUGAUAUAUUUUUAACACAGCGUGAUCCUGAAGAUAUGGACUUAUGUUCACAAAUGGAGGAAGGGAACGCUCAACUCAUUGAAGUAGUUCAUGGAAAAGAUACAGUUCAGGUCGAGGAAGAUUCUAGGAGUCGGCCUCAGUUGGAAUCUCUGAGUAGCGCAAAAUGUAAGUAUAAAGAUUGUGUUGAAACGAUGAAAAACCAGGGUGAAUACUGCUCAAAGCACUCUGAAGCCAAAGCAGCAGAUGAGGAUGUAUUUCGUAAACCCGGCCUGCCUCUUUCUGCAUCUAAACCUUCCAGACCUUCCACUACUAAGAUUUUUAGCUCAAGGACUACUUCACGAAUUGCUAAUCUUUCCAAGUCUUUGGAAAAUGCCUCAGCACUUCCACCAACUCUAAGAAAUAAGUCCAAUGGGGUACAGCCUAUUUCAAAAGUACUGCAGCCAGCCUCUCUGAUGUCUCCGAAGCCAAUGGGUGAGGUGAAGAACUUGAGCAACGUUCCCUAUUCUCAGGCUCCAAGUGCUUCCAACAGGCAAGGUUACAGAGGUGCAUUUGGUGAGAGCAAGUCUUUCCCGGCUUCCUCUGCCGUCAGCAUUCUCCUGUCAUCACAGUCCAUCUCCGACGCCUUCGUUAAAGAGGUCUUGAAGUGGAAGUACGAGAUGUUUGUCAACUUUGAUCAGUGCGGGCCCCCAUCAGGUCUUUGUCAGGCCAUCGCGAGACGUGUGCCUGUCAGGUUCCAAGACUGUGGAGAUUAUUUUAGCGUGUUUUUCCCUUUGAUGAUACUGAAUACUUUUGAAACAGUGGCACAGGAGUGGAUCAGCUCUCCAAAUAAAGAGAAAUUCCAUCAGUUGCAUUUACGAAAAUUUCCUGCUGAUUAUAAAAAAUACUGGGAGUUUGUGGUUUACCUUGAGGAAUGUGAACUUGCUAAACAGCUUCACCCAAAGGAAAAUGAUCUGGUGUUUUUGGUUCCUGAAAGACUGAAUGGAGAGAAGGACGUAGAGAGAAACCGUGCGCACAGCCCCCGUGAAUAUCACUGCGGUUAUGUUCAUAAGUUCCGCCGCACUUCAGUCAUGCGCAGUGGGAAAUCUGAGUGCUCCCUGUCCAUCCAGACUCAAGAUAAGUUACCAGUCAAUUUAAAUGAAUUCGUGAAAUGUGUUGUCAUCAGCUCUCUGGUAACCACGCAAAGGAAGUUGAAAGCCAUGUCUUUGCUGAGCGGUCGGAACCAACUGGCCAGAGCCAUUCUGAAUCCAAACCCCAUGGACUUCUGUACAAAAGAUUUACUGACGACAACAUCUGAGAGAAUUAUUGCCUACUUAAGAGAUUUCAAUGAAGACCAAAAGAAGGCCAUAGAAACUGCGUAUGCCAUGGUGAAACACUCCCCUUCCGUUGCCAAGAUCUGUCUGAUUCAUGGACCACCUGGAACCGGAAAAUCCAAAACCAUCGUUGGCCUCCUGUACCGCCUGCUGACAGAGAACCAGAGGAGGGGGCACUCAGAUGAGAACUCCAAUGCCAAAAUCAAACAAAACCGUGUCCUUGUGUGUGCGCCUUCCAAUGCCGCUGUUGAUGAACUUAUGAAAAAAAUUAUCCUCGAAUUCAAAGAAAAAUGUAAAGACAAGAGGAAUCCUUUGGGAAACUGUGGAGAUAUAAAUUUAGUACGUCUAGGUCCAGAAAAGUCUAUUAAUAACGAGGUCCUAAGAUUCAGUUUGGACAGCCAAGUUAACCACAGAAUGAAAAAAGACUUACCUUCCUAUGUUCAAGAGAUGCAUAGAAGAAAGGAAUUUCUAGAUCAUCAGCUAGAUGAACUUUCCCGCCAGCGUGCUUUAUGCCGAGGGGGAAGGGAAAUGCAGAGGCGAGAAUUAGAUGGAAAAAUCGCCGAAGUUUCAAAAGAAAGGCAAGAACUUGCUUCUAAAAUUAAAGAGGUUCAAGGACGCCCACAGAAAACCCAGAAUACCAUCAUCCUAGAGUCGCACAUCAUCUGCUGCACGCUGAGCACGAGCGGUGGUUUGCUGCUGGAGUCCGCUUUUCGCGGGCAGGGGGGUGUCCCCUUCAGUUGUGUCAUUGUCGAUGAGGUCAGUGAGCCGUCGGCCGUACAGCUCUGCCUAGUGCGAUAAGGAGCCGGGCAGUCUUGCGAAGUGGAAACUCUGACUCCACUCAUCCAUCGUUGCAACAAGCUUGUCCUCGUAGGGGAUCCUAAGCAGCUCCCUCCCACGGUCAUUUCUAUGAAGGCCCAGGACUACGGCUAUGACCAGUCGAUGAUGGCCCGUUUCUACAAACUGCUGGAGGAGAACGUGGAGCACAACGUGAUCGGGCGACUGCCUAUUCUCCAGCUCACCGUUCAGUACAGGAUGCAUCCCGACAUCUGUCUCUUCCCUUCUAACUACAUCUAUAACAGAAACCUGAAAACAAACAGCUUGACGGAGGCCAGCCGCUGUUCGUCAGACUGGCCGUUUCAGCCCUACCUCGUGUUUGACGUCGGGGACGGCUCCGAACGACGGGAUAACGACUCAUAUGUAAAUGUGCAAGAAAUAAAACUGGUAAUGGAAAUAAUUAAACUUAUUAAAGACAAAAGGAGGGAUGUUACUUUCCGAAACAUUGGCAUAAUAACCCAUUACAAGGCUCAGAAGACGCUGAUUCAGAAGGAUUUGGACAAAGAGUUUGAUAGAAAAGGGCCGGCAGAAGUAGACACCGUGGAUGGAUUCCAGGGUCGUCAGAAGGAUUGUGUUAUUGUUACAUGUGUGAGAGCAAAGACCUCACAAGGCUCCAUCGGGUUUCUGGCAAGUUUGCAGAGAUUGAAUGUCACCAUCACACGAGCCAAGUACAGCCUCUUCAUCCUCGGACAUUUGAGGACCCUGAGGGAAAACGAUCAUUGGAAUCAGCUGAUCGAGGAUGCGCAGAAGCGUGGCGCCAUUAUUAAGACUUGCGACAAAAAUUACAGACAUGACGCAACCAAGAUUCUGAAACCCAAGCCCGUACUGCAGAGAAGUCUGACUCACCCUCCCACCAUCGGCCUGGAGGCGUCCCCAGACGGCGAGUUUUCCAGGACGGCUGUUGCUUCUUCCCUGUACCACUCUCCCUCUGACUGCAGAGACGCCACGGUUACUGCCAGUGACCCUGAAAGGCCACCCAUUCAGGACCGGCUUCGGGACCCGCGACUGCUGAGGCGGAUGGGCCUGAGCCCUGAAGCCAAAGGGAGAUGCUCAAGGGAGCCACAGCCCUCGAGCCCCCAGCAGCCUGGGGCAGCGCCCCCCCCGGGAGAGGCGGGCUUCUCUGGAAGUCUCCAGGAUCCCGCCGGUCCUGGGCAGCAGCCCACCGCCAAAGGAGCGGCUCCGAACCUCCACAGACCUCAGGCGCAGGGCGAGCCUGCAGCCGCUGGUGCGGACGCUUCCACGAGCAAAAGAAAAUGUGACCCGGAGGAGGGCUCGCUCAGCCACAGAAGAGAGACCAGGGCUUUCAGCGAAGGGGGUCCGGAGAGGCGAGGCUCUGUGCGCCACCACGCGGGGAGGGACCUGGGCUCGGACGAGUGGGGGCCGCAGAAGGAGGACGGUGGCUGGAAGAAGAGAAGGCUUUCAUAGUGAAGCCGGACGACAGGCUGUCACCCACAGGCAUCACCGCAGCCCUGAGACACCAGCUCCCAGGGCGGCCCAGAUGAGAUGACUUUGCUCCUUGAAGGAGUUUGGGCACUGUUGGGAAACAGCCUGUGUACCUGACCCCUGAGCCCCCUGAGCCCCCCGGUCCCGCCGCACCAUUGUCAGCAGCAGAAGCUCUCCGAGGGCACGCGCCCAUCAGUGCCAAUGUCCUUGAGGCCAGAGACUUGAAGUGUUGCUCUCUUGCUCCUCUGAGAAGAGGAGGUCGGACUGGAGCAGACGUUGUAAAGGUUGGAAUGUAUAUUUGUAUAGCAAAUAACAAAAUCCUUUUAAAAUUUAAUCUGGUAGACAGCUUUUCUUUCCCCGGCUUAAAAUGUUAAUCAUUUUCAACAGAACAAACCUUGUAUUUAAAAAAACAGAAAGAGGUGGAGGGCAGGUUCUUUCAACCAUUGUUACGGCAAAACACACCUCUGACAGCCCAGGUGGUUUGGGAUAAGCUGAGUUUGUGCUGGUGGGUCAAGUGUCUCCAGUUCUGUUUUAAAACAGCAACUGGCAUCUCCUGGGGGAAGCUCUGGGGUGCAGAGUUACCAUGUUAGGUGAAGUCCCACUGGUGUGCAUCUUUAGAAGAGACGCCUUGGCAGUGGGACACGACGCUUCUGUGACAAGUUCAUCUCCCUAAGGUGGCACAUGGUUCUCUAGCUCAAGUUCCUCUUCUUCCCUGAAAUUGAAGCAUAUGCUAAACGACAGACUUAUUCUUGAAACAUCAUUCAGAUGCCCGCAGCCUAUCGAGAGUUUCCUGCACCUGGUGGGUUACAAAUCCAGUGGUUGCCAGGUGACAGACUAGUGCCAGGGUGGCCGUGUGAGGCUCGCCCGGGUUGCCUGUGGAAGCAUGCAGGUUGCGGGGAGAGUCCCGCUCAUUAGCUGCGGGUGGAGCCUCGAAAGCUGGAUGUUAAACCUUCCUGAGGGAUUCCGGUCACUGGGCAGUGUGGGAGCCAGAAGGGCAGACCAGAGACAGUAUUUUAGGCAGGGAGGAGCCAUCCUUUUCAAAGGGAAGCGUGGAAGGGGAGUGCACAUACUCGGGAGGUCACAGCUAGGAAGAGGGUUGUCACCUGCUUUUUGAACAGAAGGGCUUUGUGUUAGAAAUUCUGCUGAAGCAGGGUAUUAAGAUCUUUAAAAAAGCAUUUGGUUGCCAGAGGUUUCAGCUUUGUACUUCAUGACCCUUGUCUUGCCUGUGGGGUCCGGACACCUGCUGAUCAGAGUGAACAUCCCUGUGGCUCAGGGACCACCGCUCUGUCCCCAGUCAGCCCUGCUCCCUGUUCAAAAGCAUAGAGCUCAUCCCCAGCCUUUGGGGGUCGGGGUGGAAUGAGCCCCCCCACCGCCGGCAGGAAGUGGGCUUCGUAUACUUGCUGCCAGGCCUUUGGCAAGAAGUGUUUUUUGUUUGUUUGUUUGGCUGCUCCCAUGGUAUAUGGAAGCUCCUGGAUCAGGGAUCAAAGCCAUAGCACAGCAGCAACGUGAGCUGCUUCAGUGACAAUGCCAGAUCCUUAACCUGCUGAGCCACCAGGGAACUCCAUGAGAAAUCUUUAUCAUUAUUUGAAGUUUAUUUUCCUGCUAUCUUGGGAAAAUGCUGGAUGUAGCAGAUACUUGUGGUGACAACUUAGAGUCAAAAACCGUAAGCUCGUACAAGUGGCGUGGUUAGAUACUCACCCCACUCGGCUCAUGCAACACAUGAAUUAGGGAAUUGCUCUCCACCAGGCGUGGUUGGCUGCCACACCCCAGAGGUGUUACUUCCAGUGUGACGCCUGUUCUCAGGGUUCACCCCUCACGAGUCGGAUUAUGGGAGAAUUAGGAGAAGUGAAUACUCCCCUCUCAGGGGGAAGCCUGUGUCCUGACAGCUUCUCCCAGCAGAAACGCUCACACCCCUCAUUGCAUUGGAGACGAGUUGUUGUUCCAGUUGGUGGAUGUGUUUGCGUCAAACAUUUCAUACGUACAGUCCGGCCUUUCUUGAUGUGGCUGUCAUAGCCGUGUUGAUCGGGGGUUAAACUGAUCACAGAUGGAAAACCUGGCAGUUGGUUUCGUCCUUGCCGUGGUGUUCUAAGAAGGUGUGCUGUCUUCUUUCAGUCUUGGUUCUCUCAACAUGAGUAUGUUCUACCUAAAACCUUUUGCUUCUUUGUACCUGCUUUGCCUUGGAUUCAUUGUGCACGGUUUAUUUGGUUCUGUGUUUUCAUGUGUUAGCAGGAGCAGCUUAGAUAAGUACACGUGAUAACUGCCUGUAAAUGAGUUUUAUAACAGAAUUGUACUAAACUAUUUUCUAAAGUUA